AGUCUACGCAGCACGGCGUGGACGGCGGCCCUGUAUCGUGGCGUUUAACGCUCGAUCAGGAUCUAAUUGAUACGCUCAAACGUAGCUUCCCAACUUGGUUUCAAGCGUCCGCCGGCAGUGACGGCAACAAUACAACAAACACCAACACAACAACAACAACAGUAGCGGCAAAAGCAGCAGCUGUAUUGACAACAACCGACGCAUCAAGUAACGAAGCGGCAGAGAUCUCCAAGCUGCCAACUGCAACAGUUGCCGAAACAAGCAAAUGCAACAGCACAACAAAUAACAACUGCGACAACAACAACACCACCAUUAUAAAUAUCGCAAAGAGCGUAAGCCAUUGUACGACACCCAUUACUGUCGACACCACAAACCAUUUGCAUACACAACUGCCAUAUCUACACCACGACCAUCAUAAUCAACAGCCGCAACAACACAACCAUCUGCUGCAGCAUAGUAACGGCAAUAGCUUGAAGCGACACAGCAAAAGCAGCGAAAGCAAAAGCAUCACAUCACCACAGCUGAGCUGUGGCAGCGGUUACUCGGCGAUUUUAUCCUCCUCCUCGUCGUCUGCCUCGCCAGCAUCGUCGAUAGCAUCGAAUUGCUCGGUAGCUUCGUCGAAGAAGUCGACAGCGAGUCACAAGAGUAACAGCAGCAACAGCAGUAGUAGUAGUAGUAGCAGCAGUUCCUCUUCCUCUUCCUCCUCCUCCUCAUCCUCAAAUUCGGCGAAAUUUUCCACGUCUUCCGCCAACUCAGCGUCUACGUGUGCGAAGGCUUCGCACGUCGCAUCAAAGGCCACAUCCACGAAAUCCGCCAACACCGUUAACGGUGUACAACAGAAAUCCGUCAACGCUGCGGCCACAACUGAAACGGGGAAGAAGUGCGCCGCGACAAAAGCUGCUGUAAAAUCGGCUGUCAAGUCGGUGGUGAAGGCACGCGACAAGUGCACAUCAACGCUUUCGACAGCCGUCGCAGCGCUAGCGACCGCGAACGCAACCGAGUCGAAGACAAUCACCAAAUCCGCUUCGUUGCACUCGCUGAGUAGCUGUUCCGGCGGCUCGGCAUCGCUAUUGGCAGCAUUCUCAUCGCCCGGCUCGACAGCAACCACCCUCGAGCUUAUAUCGGAGACGUCGUGUAACGCGCUCCUGACAGCCACGCAGCUGAGUGGUAAAGUGGGUUUCGAGCACACAUUUCAAGACGUCAUACUGUUGCAGGAAGCAUACGACGAUAUGUCAGAAGGUGAACAACGCUUGAAUGCGGCGGCGGCAUCAUUCCUCAGCGGUGGUGGUAUUAGCAGUGAUGAUGGCGCAAAUUCCGAUGGCUAUGAUGCGCGGCAAUCACCACCGAAGGCGAUUGUCGAUUCUAGUCCAUUGCAGCCGGCGAUGGAUAAAAAUAAAGAAUCGCUUAAAGUGAAAUUAAUGGUGAGACGACCACAUUCACAGCUCGUCGAACAGGGAAUCAUACCGCCCUUGAAAACCUCACCCGCCAUACACGAGCAAUGCAAACAGCUGGAGCGUGCCAAGACCAGCGAUUUGCUGAAGGCCAAAAUACAGCAGCGUCCGAAUCGCGAAGACCUGGAGCGGCGUCAUAUAUUGGAGGAGGAUGAGUGUCACAUCGAUCCGAGCUUGGCGGAGAAACAGCGCAUGCUGAAGAAAGCACGCUUAGCCGAUCAGCUGAACUCACAGAUACAGCACCGGCCCGGACCGCUCGAGCUCAUCAAGAAGAAUAUCCUACACACAGAAAAACCCAUUGAGAAAAUUGUCAAAGAGGGUCUUGUGUCAUUUAAAGCCACAAGUGAAGGACUACUAACGCGACCACAGCAUCCACACAGUUAUGUGACAUACGAGGACGACUCACAGAGCUCAGAAAGCGAUACGCGUCAGACGCCACCACGCGCUGAUGAGCAAGCUGCAUGCGACGGCGCUAGCGAUGCGCUGCAAGUGGCUGCUGCUUCGGCAGGCAUAGUAACUGUAGCGCUCACCAUACCUACAAGCGGUGGUCAGGUGGUCGUGACAUCUGCGCCGAUCUUACAGAGUAGCGCACCAGCGUUGAAAGUGAAUGCGGUGCCACCGCCGCCGCCACCACCACCGCCAGCGGUGUCUAUCGCCAGUAGCGUACAGGUGAAACAAGAAACAGCGAAUCUCUUUGAGGAACUCUGCCAGUCGGUGGCCGGGCCAUCAGCUAGCCCUGGAGGUAGCUUUUUGUCGAUGGUCUCCUCACCUGCUUCGCUAACGUCGACCACAUCGACACUAAGCCCACUAUCCUCCAUUGCUUCGCCACCACAAACACUCACAUCACUACCGCCAUUGAGUUGUCAGUUGUCGCUGGCAAAAUCAGACGCGCCAGGUAAGGAGAAGAAUCGCAAGAAAUCAAAGUCAAAGCCGGCCUGCAAGGCGCGUACAAUUAAAUUUCACGAGUAUAAGGGGCCGCCGAAUGCAUCGCAGAAAUUAAGCAGCGAAAGCAGUCAACCGGAGGAGACAUCCUAUCAACUGAUGUUGGAACAGCAGAAUUGCUUGCUCAAAUUUCUUGAGACACUCAACAAGAAUCAGUCUAUCGUGCCAGCAGCCAGUGCGGCAGCAGCAAGCAGUAGCAUCAAUGCUUCUGCAAAUGGUGGUUUGGUCACAACAGUGGCUAAGUCGAAUGCAACAGCGGCCACAACUGCAGCAACAGCCACAAAACUGUCAACAGCGCUGCCCUCACCAGCACCAGCGACACCCUUGUCCAAUGUUACGGCGGUAAGCGAAGGCGCGAGCAGCACAGCAUCACCGGCUAACUCGACAUUUUCCAUAAUUUCCACGCCACGUCCACCGCCGCUACCAUCGCCGGCACUUUCAAUUACUUCUUCCAUACCACCGAGUCCGGCCACGAGUUACGCCGAGUCUACCUGCUCCGUGACAGAUAUCUCACGGCUGGAAAAGAUGAAAGUAUCCGAUUUGAAAAUGCAUCUGAAGCGACGCAAUCUGCCUGUAUCGGGUCCCAAGCCGCAACUAAUAGAGCGUCUCAAACCAUAUCUACCGCUUGACGUCACCGAGUGCUCGACAAUUGUGAACACACCGGCUUCCACAGCCUCGUCCGAGAUGAUUUCCACUACAGGCGCUGAAGCGAUGGACGCCACCAAUACGGCAAUAAGCGCCGAGCUGCCCGUUCCCAUGAUUGUCAACUCACCGCAUCCUGCUACCAUGUCACCAGAGCGCCGUAAUCUCGAGCAUGAGCAAAUGGACAUAGUACAGCAAGUAGACUCGCCGCGUCCGGUGCCGCUGCAAACCAUACUACAGCCGAAACCGCAGGCCGCUACCAUAAUUUUAACGAACGACGACUUGGUGCGCGAACAAAAGCGCCAAAUCGAUGAGCUGCAGCGCCAACUACAACGCUCUCAGCAGGAGUUGCAGCAAAUGCGACAGAAGCAACAACAAAGCAGCCAACAGCAGAAGCAUCUGCAACAUUCUCAACAACAGACGGUGACCGCGCAGGUGGUGAACGCACUGCCCACGCAGCAGAUAACGCUGAUCACCACCACAACCGCACCGCAUUGCGCACCGCUCGCUAUGCUGCCGCAGAUAAAAGAGAACAUAACGUUGCCAGCCACUAAAGUGGUCACAGUCAAAUCUCAUGCCACCAAGGCCAAUGCCACAAAUGUGGCCGCACACAAAGCCAUCGCCAACAGUAACACUACAGCGGUGACACCGCAAGCGAUGAGUCAGAAGAUGGUCGUGAAGCAGCAACUGGAGGCGAAAAUACAAAAACAAAAGCAGGCAGCAGCUGCCGCUGCGGCCGCAGCGCAAGCGCAGGCGCAACAACAACACGUACAACAAGUGCAGGCGCAAGCGUUGGCGCAGGCACAGGCGCAGGCGCAACUGCGUCUGCUCACCACCACGCAAAAGACACAAACUUUACUCAUUCCAACCGUGACGACGGCGGCGGCGGCCACCCCGGCGAAACUCGACGACAUGAAGAAGCUGCCGAGUGCGGCGCGCCAAAAGAAUUCCAAUAACAACGCUAUGAAUAAGUGCAAUACAAAUGCUGCCAAUACGAAUAACGUCGCCGCAACAACAACAAUACUCGCUAAUCAAAUACCAUUGACGGCGAAGACGCACAACAAUCUGGGACUCGUGUGGAACGAAGGCAAUCAGACAAUAUUCCUGGUUGGACUAAACGAUCAGCAUAUGACAGCGCACACGAUCGGCAAUAUCUCGCUGGCCAAUGCCAGUCCAGCUACGAAGAAACUUCUGAAUGGACAUCAGCGCACGAGCUCAUUGCCGAGCAUACUCUUUCCGAUCGCCACGCCAGCCGGACAUGAGCCACAGCAUCAGCUGAUCGAAGCAAAGCCAGUGAUUACACAACAGCAGCUGCAACAAUUACAACUACAACAACAACAGCAGCAGCAGCAGCAAUAUCACAAUCGGCUCUUCCAGCCCACACAACAAAUCAUACAGCUGGAUAUUAAGCCACACAACCUACCGCCGCCACCGCCGCCGCCGCCACAAUACGAAGAGGCAACUAAGCAAUUGGCCGCCAAAGCUAACCUAGCCCAGAUUAAGAUCAAAGAGGAGCCCAACACGGGACGCAAUACACCACAUGCGCCCACUCACUCGGUGACCACGCAGACGACUAGCAAACGCAAGAAUCCGGUGAAAUCCGAGAAGGUCACCAAUGUGCUGGAUAUACUCGUCAAGCAGGGUGACCUGCCCGAAAGCAUGCUAGAGCCCAUCACACCCGUGACACCGCUAACGCCGGGCGGCAGCAAUGCGCUUAUGACAGACAUGACCGGCAAUUUGAUAUUCAGCCCCAACGCAAACUUGCAAACCGCCGCGGACGUGCUGGCCGCAUCAGGCGCACUCGUGCCCAAACAGGAGCCACGCAGCAGCCCAAUGCCGGAGAGCACUAUGGUAACGCAACCGAUGGACACAACACCUGGUGGCCAACAGCAGCAGCAACAACAGCAGGCACACCGUGACAUGGACAGCGUGUUUCAGUUGCUGAGCGGCAGCGGCAAUGAUAUGCCGUCCAACGCCAUCAAUUCUCCUCUACACAGCGGCUUCAUUGACAAUAUGGACAUGGCCUCGCCCUUACAGCCGGAUGCACAUAUCGAUGCCGAGAGCGUGGCUAAGACUUUGGACAUAUUUCUGGAGCAACACCAUUCCACACCGCCGCCGCAAGCGUCUACGCCUGGCGUGCACUUGCAACAACAUCAAUCGCCCACGCACCAUGAUAUGCUGAGCAAGGCGAGCAGUUCACCCGAGAAGGUGGUUAUGUCACACAAUGUCGCCAGUCCGAAUGCCAAGCUUAAUCACUUUGAUGAGUUCGAGCUGUUCGAGUUGAUGUCGCAACAGUUGGAGAUGGAUAUCGGUGAUGAUGCAAGCAAUUUCACAGCGCACGGUGGCGGCGGUGGUCUUAAUCCAGUCCACCAACAGCACUUACAUCAUUCCAGCGGUGACGGCAAGAACGCCAAUGGCGGCGACGCGGCGGUGGCGUCAACGGCUGCAGCCAAUGUUGCCACACACACGCUAAAUGGGCUGCGGCGUGACAUGAAUCCCAGCUUGCAGCCAUCGAUCAAUGAGCUUAUACAACAGCAACUGCAACAACAACAACAACAACAGCAACAGCAGAGUCAUCAACAAUCACAGCAACAACAACAGCAAUACCAUCAAUUGCAGCACAACAAUUGCGCACGUGACGUGUUGAGCGCCGCCGACGUGGAUAUCGAUGCCGAGAGCUUUGUGGCGCAGCUCGCACAAGUCAGCGAGCAAGAAGCCAUUGCCAACAACAAUAAUAAUAAUAAUCUCUCGCACAAUCACAGCAUAUUAAGUGGCAACGCAGGCAGUCCACACAACAACAAUUGUAAUGGCAGUGAGGUAAGCAACAGCGGCGACCCCGGUCUCAAUCUGCACGACAGCGAUACGCGCACGCACAGUCACAGUCACAGUCACAGUCACAGCGAUAAUCACUUCAACGCCACCCCCAUGGAUGUGUGCGAUGAUUUCGACAAUCCGCUAGGCUCCUUCAGCUUCUCCGCAUUCUCGCCGGACUCCAACAUCAACACACCGCCACAUCCAUUUGGCAGUGCGGACAGCGGCAGCGGCGGCGGCAUGCUCAACGGCGGUUGCCUGGUGAAUGGCGAGAACAUCAUGGGUCUGGGGGGCAUCGGCGGUGGCAUGGUGAGCGGCGUCGGUCUGGCUGGUAGCGCACCAACAUCCGCCGCAGCCAGCUCUUCGACGUGCGGCAUGCAGGCGAACAACUCCAACUCCAUGGGCAUGGGCGAGCAAAUGUCCAUUUGUGGCCUCAGCGAUGGCAGCACCAUGAUGGGCUUGGGCGGCAUGGGUGAGAGCGCAAUGACCACGGCGGGCAGUGAUAGCUUCGGCGCACCCGGUGACAUCCUAGAUUUGUUCAAUAUAGAUGAUUAUAAGAUGUCCUGGGGUGAGGGUGACUUUGCUGUAUAAACGGCAAGGGCAAUGCCAAUUAAGCUGCUUGGCUGCAAAUUGUGUGGGACAUUGCCGCCGAAGGUCGAGUGCAAAUUAAACAACAUGUUUAUCCAGUACGCUGCUAUUGUUGUUGCAGUUGUUGUUGUUGUUGCCAAUAUUCAAAGUCCGCUUUCGGUUACGGAAGUGUGCGCGCUGACCAACGCGUUUGUGUACAGGAAAUUGAAUUAAUGCUAAUGGCAUUGUGGCUAGCUUUCGCUCUGAGCGGCAGGAUGUAUAUGGUUGCGGUGUGGCCGCAGGCCGCUAGGGCGGAGGGGUGUGCGUUUAUGCCGUUAUUAGACAAUUAUUAUGCGCAAAUGUUGCCGUUUGAGUGUAGGUGCAGUUCCAGAGUCAUAUAACGGUAUUUUAUUGUUGCGUUUGUUAUAACAACAACACAUACUGCCACACAUAUUAUCACUGCGCUCUCAAUCAACCAUAUAUACAUAUGUACAUUCAAACUUAUUCCUCUUUUUUCUACAAUUUUACUAAGAUAACUAUCAAAUGGAGACCCCUACUUUGAGCAAAUGCAUUUAAAAUCGAAUUAACAAAAAAUAAAAACGAAAACGAAAUGGCGCUUAAAAUGUGAGCGCGCGCAUUUCCAUGAGAAAGCCCAGGGGACAAUGUGUGUGGAAGUAUGUAAAGCGAGGAGGUAGAAGAACGAGUGCAAUCAGGAGAAAGAGAAAGAGAGAGAGGGAGAGAUAGAGAUAGAGAUAGAGAUAGAGAGCGCGCGCAAGUGGUGGUAGCGUAGUGUAGCAAAAGUCAAAUGAACGUAUAAAAGUACGACGAAGACAUGCAUUGUGAAGUGAAAGUAAUUAAGACCAUUCCAAACAUAAAAUAAAAUUAAAAAUUGUAAAGAAUCUUUUUUUUAACAAAAAUAAAUAGUCUAGUGUGUUUUUGGGGCGUUUGUUGGAGUGAAGAAGAGCACAGUUUGGGUUGAGAGUGACUUUCAGGAAGGAAGAAACUAAAAUGGCUGCUGGACAGUAGC